GCCCAAGUGUGCUUGCACAUGAAAACUUGGGCGCAGAAUCAAACUUCUUUGGUCUUAAAGGUGCCACCAGCCUCGCCUGCUGCUCUUGAGCCAGUCUGCUGAAUCUCCUCCAGGAACACUGACUUUUGAGCAAGCAUGCUCACCAUCGGCCUCUUUAAGCCCCGCGCUUCACCAUUUAGUUUAUUGGAGGUUGUAAAUACCAUGAAGACAUUGGUCAUUGGAAUAGGAGGCAUAACAAAUGGAGGGAAAACAUCUUUGGCAAGAAGGCUUAAGGAACAGCUUCCAAACUGCACCAUAAUAUCUCAAGAUGAUUUUUUUAAGUCACAAUCUGAAGUGGCUGUAGAUGAACAUGGAUUUUUGCAAUAUGAUGUACUUGAUGCCCUAUACAUGGAAGAAAUGGUGGCAACUAUACGCUCUUGGAUGGCAAACCCCAAAGACUGUGAGUUGCCAAGCCUAUCAAGGAACAUGCAUAAUAAGCAGAAAGAAACAGAAGACUGCUGGGUCUUAAUUGUUGAAGGCUUUCUUCUGUAUAACUACAGGCCUCUCAGUGAUAUAUGGAAUAAAAAAUAUUUCCUCACCAUUCCUUAUGAAGAAUGCAAGAAGAGGCGAAGCACCCGAGUUUAUAAUCCACCAGAUCCACCUGGGUACUUCGAUGGACACGUAUGGCCCAUGUAUCUGAAACAUAAGAGAGAGAUGGAAGAGAAUGAAACAGACAUUGUUUAUUUGGAUGGAACACAAUUACAAGAUGAUCUCUGUUCAAGGAUACGUAAUGAUAUACUACAGGAGCUGGAGAAGGCAAGUUAGUUGGGUGCUAUUGUCAAGCAUAUAUAGAUCCUAAGAACUUCUGAUAUUUCUGGAUGACAGCAAUAACUAACCCAUUAAAACCCACAGAGGAUGUUUUCCAAAAGAAGGCCUUCUAAAUCAAUGUUGAUCAGGACUGCUGGGAUACUUCUAUUAAUGAAUUCAUUUUCUGCCUGUUUCCCAUUGGAGCAGUGUCACACUGAUGCAUUUGCAAAUACUUGCGAUUUCUUGGUCUGGAGUCCUAAACAACAGCUGGGAACUUUGAGACUAUAUUACACUAGCCACUUUACUCAGGAAAGUGCCAGUUUUCUCAGCAAUUUCCUCUUUUUGUCUUAAAUGACAGUGACCUCAAAGGGGGGUGUAGGUUCCCCUCCAUUCAGUGGACCUUGAAGCUAAGGUCUUUCUCAUUAACUUUUCAUUUUUAUCUGCCCAGCACUACUGCAGAGUCAGACCUUAAUACUUAUAGACAAACAAAGGGAAAAGGAAGCUCUCUUCUCUUCUAAAUCCAAAUUUGCUGCUUUUGCUAAAGGUAGCAUUGCUCUAGAGUAAAUAACAGGGCGACCAGAAUGCUCAAAGUAAAUGUUAAUUAGGAUGGCAACAGUACAAGAGCAUAAUCCACAUUCUCUCUACCAUCACAUCACUCUCCACCCUCACACAAAUGUAGCUGGGAACUGCUAUUAUGUUUCUGAACAUUGUUGGCACCAAAGUUAGGUCUAACAAAGAAGCUUGCAUUCUGAUAUUCAUCUAAGAGCAAAGGAUUGAUCAUCUUACACAAAUGUGAGAUUUCUUGUGUGUCUAGCAAUGUCGUUCAGUUAGAGACCGGUGCUGAGUGGAAGGUUUAUAAUGCUGUGUCUUGAGAUCAAAACAGGCAAGGCACUGGGAGAUCCUUCAAGGAGCAUGAGGGAGACCCACUGUUGAUCAAAGCAUCUCUCCUCCCUCAUGUGGUUUUCCACAGAAAAGAACUGCACACUGUUCAGGAAAAGGGAUGAGUUUCCUUAGGGUAGAGAAGGAUCAGCCUAGAGUAUAUCUGACAAGUCACUACUUCAAGACUGCCAGUAAAGGGGAAUUCACCAGGUAGCUCUCUAGGUAGUUGAUUCCACUGACUCUAAAAACGUUUUUCCUAAUAUCCAGUUGGUGCCUUCCUGCCGUUAAUUUAAACCCAUUGUUGCAAGUCCUCUCUACUGCCAACAGGAACAGCUCCCUGCCCUCCUCUAAGUGACAGCCCUUGAAAUACUUCAAGAGAGCAAUCAUGUCACCCCCCUCAACCUCCUCUUCUUCAGACUGAACAUUCCCAAGUCCCUCAGGCUUUCCUCAUAGGACUUGGUCUCCAGGCCCCUGAUUAUCUUCGUCACUCUUUCCAACUGCUCCAUGCUGUCCACAUUCUUUUUGAAGCGAGAUCUCCAUAAAUGCACCUCCCAAAACCCUCCAUGUUUUUCAAACAAUCUCUUCGUGACUUCAGUAUACAAUCUUAAAGUACUGUUGUAGUUUUGGCAUCUUGUCUGUUUUAAUCCUCAUUAGUUGUGUGUGUGUGAUGGGUUCUGAGUCUCCAAUUCUAGUGAAUGAGCCACCAAAACUUCUACUGUCUGCUAGUGAUAAAGGUUUUUAGUCUACCCAUAUUUUUCCUGCUUUGACACUGUUACCCCUGUAAGCUUCAAGACGACGAUCACCUUUUCUGAGUAAUGAUACACAUAAGACUACUUCAGGGAAGAAUGACAGAACUACUCCAGCAGAUUCAGACUCCCAUUUCCAAAUGCAGUGGCCAGGGCUAUUUUUUUUUCCAAGGGAGAGAAAGGGGAAGUUCUUUGACACUUCCCUUGUCAUUUUUCUACCUUGGGGAAGACAACCCGAGCAGCUGCAUUUGACAAAGGGAAAAUUAUUAUAAAACUAUGUCUAGUUUGUCCUAGCAUGCUGUCUGUUUUAACAUUAAUAAAACUAGCGUAUCUUCUCAGGCCUAAUUCCAGUGGGCAAUAGUGUCUGCUGCCAUGGGUCCCAUGUUGUAGGGGGCACCAACGAAGGAGGACAGAUUCUCUGGAUCCCAUGGUGGGGAUGUCUGAUGGGGGCAAGUGUUCUGGGUGGCAGUGGCUUAUUCACACCUGCCAUAUCUGGAGUGUGGCCAGCUGGCUUGUAGCAGCAGCUCCUGCCUACUUCACAAGGGGUGAGGGCUGCCCCUUGCUUAGAUCCUGAUAAUGGGAAGUAAGUGUGGUGGUAGCCUGGUAGGAGGUGGCAGUGAUUCUGGGGCUGCAUCCUGGUUUCUGUUCCAGGAUCCCAGAAUCACUCAGACCUCUCACUCCUGCUGCUUUCUCAUGCAGAGCACUCUUCAUUUAUGUGGUCUGGCUAGUUAUACAAUAUUCAAGAUCCCCUGGAAACUUACAUCUCAAGAUCUGAAGCAGCUGUAUAACCUAAGGGGUGGAUAUAUAUGGCAGACUUUAAUCCUCAUAAAUAAAGAAAAUGCUUGUAACACAAUGUCAGAACUAGGUUAAUUUCUCCAAGAAUCAACUAAAUGCAGUGCUAUGCAAUAAUUUUCCACCAAAGCACUUCUACAUUUUUCUUCUAGAAGCCAGUGUGUCACAGCUGCUUUUAUUUAAUAGUUAAUCUCUAUUUACCAUUGUUGCAGUAUCACAAACUAAAGUUAACGAAGUGUUGCUUUUUAACAAGUUGGGAAGGAUAAGAGUGGCUCUUGUGUGUGAUGAAGCAUCCACUGCCAUGCUAUGGGCUUGCAGUAUGUGUCCAAGUAAAAUUAUCGGUUCAGAAUUAUGCAUGCUGCAAGGCAGAGCUACCCUAACCCUUGCUUGCACGUUAGAAAGUAUGCAACACUGUCUGUCCUCUUUUCCUAUCAUCUGCCACCUUCUGGAGCCACUGCUGAGGCUUUGCGUUCAGCUAGAUAACUGGUUGUCAUAUCACUGUACAUAACCCUUUUUCCUGUUUGUACUGGCAUCAGGAGCUAUACAUGCCUUCCCAUGUUCUAGGGUUUCCAUACUCCUGCUAGGGGCAGGGUUUCCCCUGAUUUUAGGGCCUCCUGCCUACUACCAUGAAACUGGGCAGUGGUGGAUGCCCCACCCCCAAAGAGCGCCAGGCCCAGAGUCCCCCACUGGUAGUUAAGACCUGGCAACCCUACCGUGUUUUUUAAUAAUAAAAAUAUUUAUGACCUGUCUUUCACCUUCCAAAGAAACUCUAGGCAGUUUACAAGAAAUUUAAUCUGGGUGAGCUUGCCACUAAUACUUGAAAGACAAAAGUCUAUACGGCACAACUCAUAAUGGCUUUUUAAAGGGAAACCCUCCCUCAAAUGGUUUCCUGAAUAAUGUUCCUUUGCAAUGUAUCUUAACACUGCCAGGGUUGAUUCUGUUCCAUAGUAACACCACCAAUGAAACGGCUUGUGAUCUAAUUGCGGCAUACCUGAUCACCAUAGUUUAUAUUCAUCAUGUCCUCAAUCAGGAAUAAAAUGGUCUGAUGGGUUUAUACCAGGAAAUAUAGUCUUUUUUUGGUAUAUGGAUCCCCAAGGCAUAAAGGGCAUUAAAUAGAACAAGCAUUUUGAAUUGAAAUUUAAAAAUGAACAAGCAUAAACUUGGGCAAAUCUGCCUGAUCCAAUAAAAAAAGCUAGUAGCCUUAUUCUAUUCUAAUUGUCUUUGAAAGUAGAUUUAACAAAUCUAUUAUACUCAUGUCAUUCAUAAACAAAUGAAAUUUCAUUAUUAGCUGGCUAAUGGCAAGGAACUGUCCCAGAGAGUUCUGGCACUGAAAUGUCAAAAUGAGGAGGGAAAGUUAUGAACGUUGUAGUGUUGCAUUUAGUGAUUCUUGGCAUACUUCCUUGUGUAUGAAGCCCUUGCCCAGUUUGAAAACUGGAGCUAACCUACUUGCAAAAUUAGUUUAUUGAAAUUAACUAGUCUAUUGCCAGCUUCUCUGAUUUCAGAGCAGAAACUGCCUAGAAUAUUUUUGUUUGUAAAAGGUAUGCUCUUUUCACAUGCAUAAGCCCUUUUUCAUGUUCUAAAAAACAAAACAAAGCUUUCAUUUUUAUUCAGCAAGUUAUGCCCAACAGAAUAUUUAACAGUAUAUUCAAUUAUAUUUGAAUAAAGGUGCCUUUUAAGCCCCUGACUUUAGAAUUCAUGCAGCAACAGGAAUAUAAAUUUAUAAUUUUAUUUCAGAAGCUACUUUGUGAGAUAAUCUUGUAUCACCAGAUGAUGUAUGUUCUAAUUGUUUUUAAAUAAACACAAACCUCUAUUUAAA